UCCUCCUCUGAGAGGGAGAGAGAGAGAGGGAGAGGGAGAGAGUUGCUUAGUUGGUGGACCGUGGUUUCCUCAAGUGUUUGGUUUCAGUCAUGGCCGGGAGCUCAGAGAAAGUACCAAUUGCUUCAGCGGGACCUGAGGACCUGCAUCAGCUAAUGCCUCCGGCCUACUCUGCCGUGACGGUGAAACCCGCCGCCACCGGCCGCCUCCUGAAGGCCGGGAUUGCAGUGCUCAUCGCCGGAGCCCUUCUGCUUCUGCUGGGAGCCAUCGGAGCUUUCUACUUCUGGAACAACAAUGAAAAACACGUCUACAACGUCCACUACAGCAUGAGCAUCAAUGGCAAAGUGGAGGAGGGUUCAAUGGAGAUCGACACAGCCAAUAACAUGGAAAGGUUCAGCACCGGCAGAGGGGCCGACGAGGCCAUGGAGGUCCAUGAUUUCGAGAUUGGGAUUACAGGGAUCCGGUUUUCUGGAGGACAAAAGUGCUUCAUCAAGACGCAGGUGAAGGCUCACCUUCCUGACCUGGAGGCUCUGAACAAGGACACAAUGACAUUUGAGCUGGAGGACGAGGUGAUGCCUGCCAAGUUUGAGGACAAUCUGAUCUGGGUGGCGGCUGGUGCGCCCGUCUCUGACUCCGCCUUCCUCAGCAACAAGAUCAAGGACCUGUGUGGAGACCUGCCAAUCUUCUGGCUGCGUCCCACCUACUCACCCAGCGGCCAGAGGAAGAGGAGAGCCGCCCCCCGCCAGCGCCGCCAGGUAGCCGGGGAGGAGGAGGAGGACGUGGAGGCAGAGUUCAACCCGGAGAACCCCUAUCAGAGAGGUCUGGAGGGUGAGCAGGGCACCAUGGACAUCGACCCCAUGCUGGACCACCAGGGCGUGUGCUGCAGCGAGUGCCGUCGCGGCUACACCCACUGCCAGAGGAUCUGCGAGCCGCUGGGAGGGUACCACCCGUGGCCGUACCACUACGGAGGAUGCAGGGUGGUCUGUAGAGUUAUCAUGCCCUGCAAAUGGUGGGUGGCACGUAUUCUGGGUCUGGUUUAAGCCCCGCCCAGAUCACCUGAGGAAUGGUUGAGUCCAGGAAGGAAGGAAGGAAGGAAGGAAGGAAGGAACGGUGUUCCAAGGGAGGGGGAGGGGGGAAGAAAAGUUCAGAUGGUUUCUUAUUCUCGUCAAUUGUAGGCACCCGAACAGAUUUGUACAAAACGAACCGAAUCAGUAACCGUGUCCACAUAUUAUAGAUGCAUGGCAGAGAAUCUAGGACAGUCAUGAUCUCACAUGUAAAGGUAUGCCGAGGCUGCACUCUGCACAGCCUGUCUUAUUAAAAAAAACAUCCCGGCGAUCGAUUCAGGUCUUUCUGAACUACAGCGCGACGCGCUGUCAGGAGCAGAUACAGUAUGACACGCAGCCUCCAGCAGCGCCACAACACGAGUGACUUUAACUAUGCAAGACGGCACCCAUUUAUCUAUAGAAAAGGCAGGUACGCUUGUAUUUAUAGAGCUGAUAAUCAGUCCUCACUCUUUGCUUCCUGUAAAUAUACGCACGGGGAAUUUUAACAGCAGUCAGCUGGCUUAUAUAGCAUCUAUUGCUCGGCUCUAGAGGGAAGUAUUUUGGAUUUCUGUUUGCAACCCUUUCUCAGUUUUUUUUUCUUUGAGUAGCUCUCAUUAAAAGAAACGCUUUCAUCAAAAUGUAUUUUUAUCUGCAUUCCAGAAGUCGUCCCAAAGUGCAAUAUCACUGAAUAAACUUUUUUUUUAUGUAA